AUGACCACCCCAUCCACACCCUCACCACCCAACAUCAUGGCCGCCACCCCCGCGCGCACCUCAACCCUGCUCUCCAACCUCGCCGCCGUAACGUCGCGCAUCACCACCGCAACCACCCACUCCCCGACCCCCAGCAAACCAGUCCGCCUCGUCGCCGUCUCCAAGCUCAAACCCGCCUCCGACGUCCUCGCCCUGCACAAAUCCCCCAUCGCCCACGCCCACUUCGGCGAGAACUACCUGCAAGAACUCCUCGAGAAAUCGCGGCUGCUCCCGCCCACCAUCAAAUGGCACUUCAUCGGCGGCCUGCAAUCGAAUAAAUGCGUCACCCUAGCGCGCGACGUACGCGGCCUUUGGGCCGUCGAGAGCGUCGACACCGAGAAAAAAGCAACCCUACUAGAUAAGGGUCGUGGAGAGCGCAACCCCGAUGCGGAGGAAAUCGAGGCCGAAGCUGCGGACGCAGAUCGGGAUUCGCGACUGCGCAUUUAUGUGCAGGUUAAUACCUCCGGCGAAGAGAACAAGGCCGGCGUCGAGCCUGCGGCUGCACCUGCGCUGGCGAGACAUAUUCGGGAGAAAUGUCCGCGGCUCAAAUUGCAGGGUGUCAUGACAAUUGGUGCGAUUGCGCGGUCGCGGGCGACGACUACGGAGAACGAGAAUGAGGAUUUUGUUUGUCUGCGGGAGACGCGGGAUCGGAUCGUUACUGAAUUGGGGUUGACGGGGGUGGAUGCGGAGUUGGAGUUGAGUAUGGGGAUGAGUCAGGAUUUUGAGGGGGCGAUUGCGCUGGGGAGUGAUCAGGUUCGGGUUGGAACGACCAUUUUUGGGGAUAGGCCUCCCAAGGCUGAGGCUAGGGUUGUUUAA